AUGAUAGAGCUAAUAAUACUCGUCUUGCUCCGUUCGUGCCUUGUCUUCCUGCACGCGGACGCAGCAGGGCACCAUGGAGGCGUGCAUCUGGGGUCCCAGACAGCAGCCCUGCUCCAGUGGAAAUCCACCCUGCGGAACUCGCCGCCGGCAAUGGACUCCUGGCAGCAGGGGACGAGCCCGUGCAGCAGCAACUGGUCCGGCGUGGCGUGCGCCGCCGUGCACCGUGGCCGCCGUGCACCCCUUACGGUGACCAAGAUCUCCCUGCCGAACGCCGGCCUUGACGGCUACCUAGGUGAGCUCAACUUCUCGACGCUCCCAUUCCUCACACACAUUGACCUCUCCUACAACAGCCUCCAUGGAGGGAUCCCACUGUCCAUCACCUCCCUACCUGCACUCAACUACCUCGACCUCGGGGGCAACUGGCUGAAUGGAAACAUACCAUCUGAGUUGGGCAGCAUGGCAAGCCUUAGCUACCUGGGAUUAGACUACAACAACCUCACAGGCCAUAUCCCUGCAUCCCUUGGGAACCUAACAAGACUAGUUACUCUGAGCACAGAACAAAACUUGCUCAGUGGACCCAUCCCUGAGGAGCUUGGGAAGCUCACCAGUCUUGAAAUUCUGGACCUAGGCCAAAAUUCUCUAGGUGGUCGAAUACCUAAAAUCCUUGGCAACUUGACCAAACUAAGCAACCUCUCCCUAACAAACGUUGGCCUCGACGGCUACCUUGGUGAGUUCAACUUCUCGACGCUCCCAUUGCUCACACACAUUGAUCUUUCCUACAAUAGCCUCCAUGGAGAGAUUCCGCUGUCCAUCACCUCCCUAACAGCACUUUCCUACCUCGAUCUCGGCUUCAACUGGCUCCAUGGAAGCAUACCAUCUGAGUUUGGCAACAUGCCAUGCCUUAACCAGAUGGGAUUCUCCCGGAACAACCUCACAGGUCAGAUACCUAAAAGCUUUGGCAACUUGACCAAACUAAAUAUCCUUCACCUUGAUAGUAACAAUUUUUCAGGGCCCAUUCCACAUGAGAUUUCUUUGCUUCCAAAUCUAAGGAAGCUAGAUUUGCAUUUUAACCAGCUAAGCGGCCCCAUUCCCCCAAGCAUGGGGAACCUUACUAUGCUAAAACUUAUUAACCUCGGUGACAACCGACUCAUUUCGGGCUCCAUCCCAGCAUCUUUCAUGAACCUCACAAGCAUAGGAGACCUACGUCUUUUCAUAAACAAUCUGUCAGGUCCUUUGCCGCGAGGAUUCACUAAUUUCACAUACUUAAGAUGGAUGGAAUUGGGAGACAACUCUUUGUCAGGGGAACUGCCCUCUGAUGUAUGCAAAGGCGGGAAUCUUCAAAAGUUCGCCGUUAGCCGCAACAUGUUCACUGGCCCAAUUCCUAGAAGCCUUCAAACAUGUAGGAGCCUGAAGUUUCUUGGCCUUGGUUCCAACAAUUUGACAGGAGAUAUAUCAUCCUUCGCUGAAUUUGGUCAAUUGAAAAAUUUACAAUACCUCGAUAUAUCUGCAAAUAAAUUGAGUGGAUCAAUACCACAAGAGCUCAGCGGUUGUACUAAGCUAAUAUCCUUAAGUAUUAAUGACAACAACUUGAGUGGACCUCUACCAACAACUAUUGGUAGUCUGGGAGGGCUACAGAUGUUGUUCGAUGUAAGCAAAAACAAACUCACAGGCAAGCUACCUGUGGAACUUGGGAACUUGGUGAUGUUGGAGAUCCUAAACCUUUCCCAUAAUCAAUUCAGUGGCAGCAUUCCUUCCUCCAUUGGUAGCAUGUCUAGUCUGUCAGCACUUGAUGUGUCAUACAAUGACUUGGAAGGGCCUCUUCCAACAGGACAACUAUUCAACAAUGCUUCGGCAAAAUGGUUCCUCCACAACAAAGGCCUCUGUGGUAAUAUCUCAGGCCUGCCUGAAUGCUCUUCAACUCCAAUAAAGGAAUAUCACAAAUCUAGUCUUCACCACUUGGUCCUAGUUACUUCUAUCCCAAUGUGCAUAGUUAUUAUUCUCUCAAUUGUUGUGUUAGCUAUGAUCCUUCGCAGAAGGAAAAGACCUCAAAUUACAGCAGUUAGAAAUACAAGAGAUGUUCUCUCGGUUUGGAAUUUUGAUGGGAAACUAGUGUUUGAGGACAUCACCAGGGCAACAGAAAAUUUUAGUGAUAGUUACAUCAUUGGAGAGGGGGGUUUUGGCACAGUCUACAAGGCACAACUUCAAGGAGGGAGAUUAGUUGCAGUGAAAAAGCUUCACCCAACUGAAGAAGGGAUUAGUGACGAGAAGAGAUUCCUUAGCGAAAUUGAAGUGCUAACAAAGAUACGACAUAGAAGCAUCGUCAAGUUGUAUGGAUUUUGCUCCCAUCCAAGGUACCAAUUUUUAGUGUAUGAUUACAUUGAGAGAGGAAACCUUCAUAUUACCUUGGAAAAUGAGGAUCUGGCUAAGGAGUUGAACUGGAAGAAGCGAGUUGCUAUUGUGAGAGAUGUGGCUCAAGCUAUCCUCUACUUGCACCAUGAAUGCAACCCACCAAUAAUCCAUCGUGAUAUAACAAGCAACAACAUCUUGCUAGAUGCAACUUUCAAGGCUUAUGUUUCAGACUUUGGAAUAGCAAGGAUGCUCAAACCGGAUUCAUCCAACUGGAGCGAACUAGCAGGAACAUAUGGAUAUAUAGCACCUGAGCUUUCUUACACAUCAGUGGUGACAACAAAAUGUGAUGUCUAUAGUUUUGGUGUCGUCGCGCUGGAGAUUGUGAUGGGAAGAUACCCCAGAGAGGUACAGUCCAUUGCUUCGAUGGAACAACAUCAUGAACUUGCAAUAGAGGAUUUGUUGGACCAACGCUUAUCAUCACCAACAAUCAUGGAGAAGAAAGAAAUCUCUUUGCUAGUCGAACUUGCAUUUGCUUGCCUACAAACUUCUCCUCAGUUCAGGCCAGAAAUGCAGGACGUCUAUCACAAAAUUGCUCUCCACAAACCACCUUUUGUCUCACUUUCUCACGAACAUACACCUGAAGAAAUAAUCAACGGAUAA